AUGGCCACUCCGGACGGACCGACGGACUUCCGGCUGGAAUACAUCGGUACUUUCGUGCAAAAGUCGCUGAAACUGAAGCCAGAGAAAUGGGGAAGAUUGUUACUCACCGAGGAAUACAGGAACGCCGUGCUGGAUUUCCUGGAUAAUCCUCUUCCAGCGGCGCUCUUCGUCGUCCUGACACCGAACGCGCAAUUGGUGGCGUCCUCUUCCUUCCCCAUCCCCUGUCAGAGAACCAAAGGAAUUUAUGCGGUGAAAGUGAAACAGGCUCCCUUAGCGAAGGAGAAAGAAGCGUGUUCCUCGAUGCUGAUUCUAGGAGAUUUAUCACCGAGAGUCGUAGAUCAAUUAGCUACAUUGGUAGACAACGUAUUCGCACCUCUGUUGAGUAAAUCGGAGAAUCAUAAGGAUCUACCAAUCGUCGCGAUCCAGGACAUUUGCAAACACGUUCAUUCCCUGAGAGGAACUUUGUACCAAGUAAAGGGACAGGUGAACGGAAGGACGGUUCUGCCAAUGCCAGCUGGGAUGGAGAAGGUGACGGAAGUGGAGAAAUUAGUCCGGGCGGAAGGGCCGGAAGCCGUCGAUCUGUAUUUGAAGAGCGCCAUCGAGGGUGUCGUGAUAAAGUGGGCCUACUUGGUGAACGACGUUGUCACUCAAGAAUCAAGCGCCGCUUUCGAGAACGGCCAAAAUCCGACGCCGGACGUCGAGCUGGAGUAUUGGUCCACGAGAUUAGCGAAUUUAAGGUAUAUUUACGAUCAGUUGCACGAGGAUCGCGUGAAGAAAAUGGCCAGCAUUCUGGAGAGAACCGAUAGCGCGUACUACCCUUGUUUCCGUACCCUCUUCGAAAACGUCGUCUCCUCGAUGGCGGAGGCGAAAGAGAUAUCCCUGUAUCUUUCGCCGUUGGCAAAGUGUUUCAAGGCUGUCGAAGAGGUUGACUUCUCCGAGACUAAGCCGUUAAUGGCCACGCUGAUACACUCGGUGGGAUUAGCCUGGUCGAGAUCCAGCUACUAUCAGAGCUCCUCCAAGGUAAUAAUCAUGCUUCGACAGAUUUGCAACCUGUUGAUCCAGGAAGCUCGUCGAUUCCUCGAUCCAUCGUCUAUCUUUCAAAGCGACGUGGACGAAGCAUUGCAGCGGGUUCAGAUAUCGAAAGGUGAGAUUUAUUUUAAAAUCUCUCGAAAUUCUUCAUCUAACCCUUUCUUCUUUGCUCGCCAAGGAAUUCUAGAAGAAUUCAAACGUCAGUUCGAAUUGAACAAAGACAUGCCAGCGAUGAAACCCGACGCUCCACCGUGGACCUUCAAUCCCAGCGCGAUUUUCCGGCGUCUGGACGCCUUUUUAAAGCGACUCGGCGAUAUCGAGUGGCUGUUCCAUACCGUCAUGGAGUUCUCCAAGUUGGAGAAGAUAGAAAUCGGUGGGAUCCUCGGAAGAUCCCUGAGCAGUAGGAUCGUGAACGUCUACAAAGAGUUUCAGCACCUGUUCCUCUCGUUCACCGUGAGAGCUAACGAUGCCCUCGAACCGGACGACGAAUCUUUCGCCGUCGAUUGCGCCAAAUUCAACGAGUCCACUACCGAUCUCGAUAACAAACUAGCAGCCAUCCUCUGUCAAGCUUUCGACGACUGUGGAAAUCUCGAAAGUGUCUUCAAGUUGAUAAAUAUCGCUGGAUCGGUACUGGACCGACCAGCGAUCAGCAAACAAUUCGUGAAUCGUUAUUCGAAGAUCCUGGAGCUGUUGAACGUCGAGCUGACGGUGGUGGAGGUGUUGUUUAACCGCGGUACCAGAGGCGCUCUGAUUAAUCUUCCUCCUCUGGCCGCGGCUUUGACAUUCACGAGCAUGCUGCGGCAACGCAUCGAUCUGCCCAUUCAAUCCUUCAGGUCUAUUCAACACCCUAUAGCGAACAGCGAGGAAGGUCGGAACAUACAGCAGCGAUACGAGAGGUUGAUCAAGAUUUUCAGUGAUAAAGAGGACGAUCUGUUCGCGGAAUGGGCGCGGAUUGUACCCAGCACCGUGGCUAUUGGUCUGAAUCGCAAUAUCCUCUCGCGGGAGAAGGAUUCCACGUUGCUAUUGAACUUCGAUCCCGAGCUGUUGGGCGUUCUGAAGGAGGUGAACUAUCUGAAGCAGAUGUCGCGGUCGGAUAUCCCUGAGGAAGCGAUAAAGGUGUCCGAGAACGCGGAGACGUUCAGGAAAUUCCGCACCCUGUUGGGUGGCACGGUGGACUCGUACAACAACAUAUGCAAGACGACCAGGCGGGUCGAGUUCCAGCUGAUCGAGAAGGAGAUAACCAGGAUCGAUUCGCUGGUGUUUCGGGGCGAGGAAGAACUCUGUUGGAAGUCUGACGGUGUUUUGGAGUACAUCGAGGAGCUGGGCGAGCUGGUGGAGGGUCUCUGGAAGCGGAUGAAAUCCGCCCAGACAAACGUGGAGAGGAUCAAAGACAUCCUGGAACCCUGGACGAAGACGCCUCUGAUCGAGAGGAGGGAUCGUCGUAAGGAUGCUUUAUUAUCGUUCGACGAACGACCGGAGAAAGUAUCGAGACGCUACGCCGAGGUCGAGAGAGCAGCUGGACAGAUUCACUCGUUACUGGAGGAGAACAAGAUGCUCUUCCAAGUUUCCGACGAAAUGGAAGAGCCCUGGCAAAGAUACGUGGCUUACGUUGAUGGUAUUGCAAUGGAAUCACUUCGAAGGGCAGUAGGGUGUUCGUUAGGAUACCUGGUGGAGAAUAUGGACCCAAACGGAAACACGGAGCCGUUAUUGGAGGCGAAGUUGGAACUCAGAGAGCCGGAUCUUUAUUACAUACCAUCCCUGGAACCGGACGAUCCAGAUGGGCUGGAUCAAUUGAUUCUAGCUCUCCUGAACGACAUCAUCGGCAUGGCUGCCCUGGUGCCGAGGAUCAAAAAGAAUUCCACAGGAUACGCGGAAGAACUGGAGGACGAUGCUGACAUUAAAGGAAUGAAGAAUGAUAUCAUGAAUAACGUGGGGAAUGCGAUCGAAGAAGCGACUGAAUUUUGUAGCAAUUUCGAAGGAUACGCCUAUCUCUGGUUAGACGAUAGGGACAUGGUGAUGCAACAGUUCCUCGAGUACAGCCGACAAUUGACGAUGGAGGAAAUGGAGAUGGUGGCCGUGCAGGAUCCCAAGGGACCGGGACGGUCACCGCCGAAAAUGGAGCAAUUCCGCGAACAAAUCGACCUUUACGAGGGCCUCUAUCUCGAGAUCGAGGAAAUGGAAGCGUCGAAAGUGUUUUGUGGCUGGUUCAGGGUAGACCUGAGACCCUUUAGACAGUCGGUGCUGAACAUGGUCUGCAAAUGGUCGAGCAUGUUCAAAAGACAUCUGGUCGAUCGUGUUACCAGCAGUCUCUCCGAUUUGGGAUCCUUUAUAAGGCGAGCAGACGAGGGUCUCUUACAACCCAUACAACCAGGCGAUUACGCUGGUCUCGUCAGCGUGAUGGGAUACCUACUGCAAGUGAAAGAAAGGCAACCAAUCACCGACGAAAUGUUUCAACCCUUAGAAGAAACGAUAGAACUGUUGAAGUUCUACGAUCAAGACAUUCCAGAGGAAGUGAACGUAUUGCUUCAGGAACUACCAGAGCAAUGGUCAAACACGAAGAAACUAGCCCUGAUGGUCAAACAGCAGGUGGCUCCAUUACAAGCAGGCGAGGUAUCCAGAAUACGAGGACGAAUCUCCGCGUUCGACACAACCAUAACUCUCUAUCGCGAAGCAUUUCGUCGGUACAGUUUCUUCAAGUACGACUGCGAGAAUCCUUACGAGUUAUUAGACGAAGGACACAAAGAGAUACUGAUGCUGGAACGUCAGAUGAAGGAUAUACAAGAGUCUGCGUCACUGUUUGAAGUGACGGUACCAGAGUUCAAAGUACUGAAACAAUGUAGGAGGGAGCUGAGGAUGCUUAAGCAGCUAUGGGACUACGUGAACAUCGUUAGGAGCAGUAUAGAGGGGUGGAAAACGACACCCUGGAGAAAAAUCGACGUGGAGAACAUGGACAUCGAGUGUAAGAAGUUUGCCAAAGAGAUACGAGCACUGGACAAAGAAAUGAGAUCGUGGGACACUUACGUAUCGCUGGAGGCAACCGUGAAAAAUAUGCUGACGUCCCUGAGGGCUGUGGCCGAACUCCAGAACCCCGCCAUUCGAGAAAGACAUUGGAGACAAUUGAUGAACAGCACUAAGGUAAGAUUCGUCAUGGACGAGUCGACCACGUUGGCAGACCUGUUGGAAUUGAAUCUGCACGAAUGCGAGGAGGAAGUGAAGAACAUCGUGGACAAGGCUGUGAAGGAAAUGUCGAUGGAAAAGUACAUGAGGGAACUGAAUGCCACGUGGUCGAAGAUGGAGUUCGAAAAGGAAGUCCACGCCAGAACCGGCGCAACUUUGAUCAGAGCCAGCGAGGAGCUGAUCGAGACUCUGGAAGAGAAUCAGGUGCAGCUGCAAAAUCUCAUCACUUCGAAGUUCAUCGCCCACUUCUUGGAGGAGGUGUCCAGCUGGCAGAAGAAACUGAGCAUCGCCGACCAGGUGACCACGAUUUGGUUCGAGGUUCAACGAACCUGGAUGCACCUCGAGAGUAUCUUCACCUCGUCGGAGGACAUACGGAGGCAAUUGCCCGUGGACGCGGAACGAUUCGACCGGAUCGACAAGGAGUUCAAGCGUAUGACGGAGGAGCUGGCGAGGACGUUGAACGUAGUGGAGGCGACGAACAAAGAGGGUCUCGUAUCCGCUCUGGACGUGUUACAAAAGGAGCUCGUUCUCUGCGAGAAAGCUCUGGCAGAGUAUCUGGAAACGAAGCGUCUCGCGUUUCCACGUUUCUACUUCGUUUCGUCGAGCGAUCUGCUGGAUAUUCUGUCGAAUGGAAAUCAGCCAGAGGUGGUCGCCAAGCAUCUGACGAAAUUGUUCGACUCCAUGGCCCGAUUGAAAUUCGAUGACGCGGCAGCUAGCUCGCCGAAACUCGUAUCGGGUAUGUUCGCCAAGGACGGCGAAUACGUCGAAUUCGCCAACUGCGAGAUGAACUGCGAGGGAGCGGUGGAGGUGUGGUUGAACCGACUGCAACGGGUCAUGAGAGUCACCAUUCGACAUUACUUCAGCGAGGCGGUGGUGACGUACGAGGAAAAAGCUCGGGAGCAAUGGUUGUUCGAUUACCCCGCUCAGGUCUCCCUUUGUGGCACGCAAAUCUGGUGGACCACCGAGGUGAACAUCGCGUUCUCCCGAUUGGAAGAGGGCUACGAUAAUUCGUUGAAGGACUAUCUGAAGAAACAAAUUUCUCAGCUGAGUAUACUGAUCGCGUUGCUGAUCGGUGAGCUGACGAAACAGGAGAGACAGAAGGUGAUGACGAUCUGCACGAUCGACGUGCACUCAAGAGACGUGGUCGCCAAGUUGGUGCAAUCGAAGGUGGAAUCAUCCCAGGCCUUCCAAUGGCAGAGCCAACUACGCCAUCGAUGGGACGAGAAAGAAAAGGAUUGUUUUGCUAAUAUUUGUGACGCCCAGUUCAAAUAUUCGCACGAAUAUCUGGGCAACACACCUAGGUUAGUAAUAACACCACUGACGGACAGGUGUUACAUAACACUGACCCAGUCCCUGCAUUUAAUCAUGGGCGGCGGACCAGCCGGCCCAGCUGGGACGGGGAAGACUGAAACGACGAAAGAUUUAGGCAGAGCUCUCGGCAUAAUGGUAUACGUGUUCAACUGCUCCGAGCAAAUGGAUUACAAGUCUUGCGGCAACAUAUACAAAGGCCUGGCGCAGACCGGCGCAUGGGGUUGUUUCGACGAAUUCAAUCGAAUCACCGUUGAAGUGUUAUCGGUGGUGGCAGUACAAGUGAAAUCGAUCCAGGACGCCAUCAGAGAUAAGAAAGAAAAGUUUAAUUUCAUGGGAGAAGUGAUCGGUCUGGAGCCAACCGUUGGUAUAUUCAUCACCAUGAACCCUGGCUACGCAGGCCGUACCGAGUUACCAGAGAACCUGAAGGCCUUAUUUCGACCCUGCGCAAUGGUCGUCCCUGAUUUCGAGCUGAUCUGCGAGAUCAUGUUGGUGGCAGAAGGAUUUCAGGACGCUAGAAUCCUGGCCAGGAAGUUCAUCACCCUGUACACCCUAUGCAAGGAGCUGUUAUCGAAGCAGGACCAUUACGACUGGGGAUUACGCGCGAUAAAGUCCGUCCUGGUGGUCGCCGGAAGUCUAAAGCGAGGAGACCCAGGCAGACCGGAAGAACAAGUUCUGAUGAGAGCCCUUCGCGACUUCAAUAUACCCAAAGUUGUCUCUGACGACCUGCCGGUCUUCAUGGGUCUGAUAGCCGACUUGUUCCCCGCGUUGGACGUCCCCAGGAAACGGGACGUCGAGUUCGAGAAAAUGGUGAAACAAGCGGCUGCUGAUCUACUGCUUCAACCGGAGGACGGGUUCAUCUUGAAAGUGGUCCAACUUGAGGAACUACUGGAAGUAAGACACUCCGUCUUCAUCGUGGGUAUUGCAGGCUCGGGUAAGACCCAAGUCUGGAAGACUCUAUUCAGAACCUAUCAGAACAUGAAGAGGAAGCCUGUGUACAACGAUCUGAAUCCGAAAGCUGUGACCAACGACGAACUGUUCGGAAUAAUCAACCCAGCGACGAGGGAAUGGAAAGACGGUCUCUUCUCUGUGAUCAUGAGAGAGCAGGCGAAUUUGGGUGGUGAAAACCCAAAAUGGAUCGUCCUGGAUGGCGACAUCGAUCCCAUGUGGAUCGAGUCCUUGAACACUGUCAUGGACGACAACAAAGUGCUGACCUUAGCCAGUAACGAAAGGAUAGCUUUGACACCAGUGAUGAGGCUGCUGUUCGAAAUCUCGAACCUGAGGACCGCCACCCCAGCCACGGUAUCCCGUGCUGGUAUCUUGUACAUCAAUCCUCAGGAUUUAGGCUGGAAUCCUUACGUCACCAGCUGGGUAGAGAAAAGAACAUCCCCCAUCGAGAAAUCCAAUUUGGUCAUGUUAUUCGACAAGUACAUUCCUCCUUGUCUGGAUACCUUGAGGACGAGAUUUAAAAAGAUCACACCUAUAGCCGACAUGGCGCACGUGGAGAUGCUCUGUCAUCUUCUUCAUUGUCUCUUAAAGCCAGAACUAACCGGUACCGACUUCCUGAAGGAACACUACGAGCUCUACUUUGUGUUCGCGGCUGUAUGGUCCUUCGGUUCAUCGAUGUUCCAGGAUCAGAUGAUAGAUUAUCGAGUGGAGUUCAGUAAAUGGUGGGUCAACGAGUUCAAGCAAAUCAGAUUCCCCUCUCAAGGUACGGUCUUCGAUUACUAUAUCGAUGCUGAGACGAAGAGCUUCGUCCCGUGGACUGAACGUCUUCCUAAAUUCGAACUGGACCCCGAAAUGCCUUUGCAAGCGGUUUUGGUCUACACCGCGGAAUCGAUCAGGAUCAAGUAUUUCCUGGAUCUUCUGAUGGCCGAGAGACAUCCGGUGAUGCUGGUCGGCACAGCUGGUUGCGGGAAGACGGUGCUGGUCGCUGAGAAACUACUCCACUUACCAGAGAACUACGCGGUCUCCAACGUACCCUUCAAUUUCUACACUUCGUCGGAGAUGUUGCAGAAGAUCCUGGAGAAAUCCCUGGAGAAGAAAGCCGGCAGGAAUUAUGGACCACCGGGAAACAAAACCUUGGUGUACUUCAUCGACGACAUGAACAUGCCUGAAGUUGAUGGCUAUGGAACGGUCCAGCCUCAUACUCUGAUUCGUCAGCAUUUGGACUAUGGUCACUGGUACGACAGGACGAAGUUGACGUUGAAGGACAUCCACAAUUGUCAAUACGUCAGCUGUAUGAACCCUACGGCGGGUUCUUUCACGAUCAAUCCAAGAUUGCAGAGACACUUCUCAGUGUUCGCUGUUAGUUUUCCCAAUACCGAAUCUCUGACCACGAUCUAUGCUUCAAUUUUAUCUCAGCACCUGGCAAACAUCGAGCACAGAUUUCCAAGCUCCGUUAUCGAUCUAUGCAACAACAUCGUCCAAGCAUCGAUUCAAUUACACCAUCGGUGUGCCCAGAUGUUCCUCCCAACAGCAGUCAAGUUCCACUACAUCUUCAAUCUCCGUGACUUGUCCAACUGUUUCCAAGGAUUACUAUUCAGCGGCAACGAGUGCCUACAGUCCUCCAUAGACCUGAUCAGACUGUGGCUUCACGAAACCCAUCGCGUUUACGGGGACAAACUUACCGACGAGAAAGACAUAGAAAGUUUCUCUAAACUGCAGUUGGAUAUCUUGAAGAAGAACGUGGAGGAAGUGGACGAGGGUGCUGUUUUAGAGAAACCAAAUAUUUUCUGUCACUUUGCUGGUGGAGUUGGCGAACCAAAGUACAUGGCGGUGAAAGAUUGGUCCACGCUUCACAGACUGCUAUCCGAGGCGAUGGUCAGCUACAACGAUCUAGUAGCCGCCAUGAAUUUGGUGUUGUUCGAGGACGCGAUGAUGCACGUGUGUCGCAUAAACAGAAUCUUGGAAUCGCCGAGAGGAAGUGCGUUACUGGUUGGCGUAGGAGGAUCCGGCAAGCAGAGCUUAUCUCGGCUAGCGGCUUUCAUAAGUUCAUUGGAGGUGUUCCAAAUCCAAUUGAAGAAGGGUUACGGAAUCGUUGAUCUGAAACUUGAGCUCGCGGUGUUGUACACCAAGUCUGGAUUGAAGAACCUGGGCCUAGUGUUCUUGAUGACCGACGCGCAGGUGGCGAACGAGCAGUUCCUCGUGCUCAUCAACGACAUGCUAGCUUCCGGCGAGGUUCCAGACCUGUUCGCCGAGGACGAGAUGGAAAACAUAAUUGCAGGAGUACGGAACGAGGUGAAAGGUGCAGGCAUGCUGGACACCCGCGAGAACUGUUGGAAGUUCUUCAUCGACCGGGUGCGCAGACAGCUUCGUAUAGUUCUCUGUUUCUCCCCGGUCGGCUCGACUUUAAGGGUGCGCUCGAGGAAAUUCCCGGCGAUAAUAAAUUGCACGGCGAUCAACUGGUUUCACGAAUGGCCGCAAGAAGCUUUGAUGUCUGUAUCGAAGAGGUUCCUGCAGGAGUUGGACCAACUUCCGGAAAGUUACAGGGAAUCGGCGGCGAAAUUCAUGGCCCAUGCUCAUACGAGCGUGAACACGGCCAGCAGACAUUAUUUAGCUAGUGAACGUCGUUACAACUACACGACGCCUAAGUCGUUUCUCGAGCAGAUCAGCUUGUACAGCAGACUGUUGAAAACGAAGGCUAGCGAGCUUCGAGGUAGGGUUUGCAGAUUGGAGAACGGUCUGGAGAAACUUCGUUCGACGGCUGUGCAGGUGGACAAACUAAAGGAGAAACUGGCGGUGCAGGAGGUGGAAUUGCAGCAGAAGAACGAUGCUGCCGAUGCUUUGAUCACGAUCGUCGGCGUGGAAACGGAUAAGGUUCAGAAAGAGAAGGCUAUAGCGGACGAGGAGGAGUCCAAGGUGGCCAUAAUAGCGGAGGAGGUAUUGAAAAAACAAAAGGAUUGCGAGGUGGACUUGAUGAAAGCAGAGCCGGCUUUACUGGCGGCCCAAGAAGCACUGAAUACACUGAACAAGGCGAAUCUCACCGAACUGAAGUCGUUCGGUUCGCCUCCUGGAGCUGUGACAAACGUGACCGCUGCGGUGAUGGUCCUUCUGGCUCCUUCUGGUAAAAUACCCAAGGACAGAAGUUGGAAAGCUGCCAAGAUCACGAUGGCCAAAGUAGACACGUUCUUGGACGCUCUGAUCAAUUACGACAAGGAGAAUAUUCAUCCGGAAGUGAUCAAAGCGAUCCAACCGUAUCUGAAGGACUCUGAAUUCGAGCCAGAAUUCGUCCGAUCGAAAUCCGCGGCGGCGGCGGGUCUCUGCGCUUGGGUGAUCAACAUAAUCAAAUUCUACGAGGUGUUUUGCGACGUGGAGCCGAAGCGUAAAGCGUUGGCGCAGGCGAACGCAGAGCUGGCCGCCGCUCAGGAGAAGCUGGGCGUGAUCAAACGCAAAGUUGUCUCGUUGGAGGAACAAUUGGCGAAGCUGACGGCGGAUUUCGAACAAGCGACGUCGGAGAAGCUCAAGUGUCAACAGGAAGCGGAUGCGACCAACGCGACGAUCGCGCUUGCCAACAGGCUUGUCGGUGGUUUGGCUUCGGAAAAUAUACGAUGGGCGGACUCUGUGGCUAACUUCAUGCAACAAGCGUCCACGUUACCCGGUGACGUGUUACUGGUAACAGCGUUCAUCUCCUACGUUGGAUGCUUCACCAAACAAUUCCGUCAGGAUCUGUUGCACAAACAGUGGCUACCGUUUCUGCGAAGCGUCGAACCAACGAUUCCGAUCACGGAAGGGUUGGACCCUUUGUCCCUGUUAACCGACGACACUCAAAUAGCCAAGUGGAACAACGAGGGACUGCCAAACGAUAGAAUGUCCACGGAGAACGCCACCAUUCUCACCAACUCGGAUCGUUGGCCCCUGAUGAUCGACCCUCAGCUUCAAGGAAUCAAAUGGAUCAAGCAGAAGUACGGGGAGGAGCUACGCGUCAUUAGAUUAGGGCAAAAGGGUUACUUGGACGUGAUCGAACAGUCCCUAGCUACCGGUUCAACGGUCCUCGUAGAGAACAUCGGUGAAACGGUAGAUCCGGUGCUUGAUCCUCUGUUAGGCAGAAACUUGAUUAAGAAGGGUCGCGCGAUUAAGAUCGGUGACAAGGAGGUUGAAUACAAUCCGCUGUUCAGAUUAUUAUUGCACACGAAGCUGGCUAAUCCCCAUUACAAGCCGGAGAUGCAGGCUCAAACUACUCUAAUUAAUUUCACGGUAACGAGGGACGGACUCGAGGAUCAAUUACUCGCCGAGGUAGUGAAAGCCGAGCGACCGGAUCUCGAGGAGCUGAAGGCUGAACUAACCAGGCAACAGAAUGACUUCAAGAUUACCCUGAACAGUUUGGAAGAUUCGCUUUUAUCAAGAUUGUCAUCAGCGGGUAGCAACGUCUUAGGGGACACCUCCUUGGUGGAAAAUCUCGAGACGACGAAGAGAACCGCGGCGGAGAUCGAAUGCAAAGUGACGGAAGCGCGUGGAACCAGCGGAGAAAUCGACGCUGCGCGAGAAUUAUAUCGACCAGCCGCUACCAGGGCCUCUUUACUCUACUUCAUCCUGAACGAUCUGAACACCAUCAAUCCGAUCUAUCAAUUCUCUCUGAAAGCUUUCAGCGUGGUGUUUCAAAAAGCCAUCUCGAAGGCCGAUCCCGCGGCAGACGUGUCCGGGAGAGUGAAGAAUCUGAUCGAGUGCAUCACUUAUUCCGUGUUCAUGUACACGACCAGGGGUCUGUUCGAGUGCGACAAACUGAUUUUCGCGUCGCAAAUGGCGUUUCAGAUACUGUUGGCGAGAAACGAGGUGACAUCCAGCGAGCUCGACUUCCUUCUGCGAUUCCCAGUCACGCCUCACGUCACAUCCCCCGUGGAUUUUCUUACCAACACCAGCUGGGGCGGAAUAAGGAGCCUGGCCAGCAGGGAGGAAUUUCGUAAUCUGGACAGAGACAUAGAGAGUUCGGCGAAAAGAUGGAAGAAGCUGGUGGAAUGCGAGUGCCCGGAGCGAGAGAAAUUCCCGCAGGAGUGGAAAAACAAAACGACCAUUCAGCGGCUCUGCAUGCUCAGGGCACUUCGUCCUGACAGAAUGACGUACGCGAUCGCCGCGUUUAUCGAGGAGAAACUGGGCCCCAGAUACAUCGAGGGCCGUACCGUCGAGUUCGCUAAAUCGUUCGAGGAAACCAGCCCUACCACACCCAUCUUCUUCAUCCUCUCUCCAGGCGUGAAUCCUCUGAAGGACGUGGAGGACUUGGGUCGUCGUUUGGGUUACACGUUGGACAAUCAGAACUUCCACAACGUGUCCCUUGGUCAGGGUCAGGAAACGGUCGCCGAGCAGGCUAUGGACGUGGCGGCUAAGAACGGCCACUGGGUGGUUUUGCAGAACAUCCAUUUGGUGAAGAAAUGGUUGCCACUGUUGGAGAAGAAGUUAGAAAUAGCCGCAGAAGGUUCUCAUGAAGAUUACAGAGUCUUUAUGAGUGCUGAACCAGCUAGCACUCCAGCAGGACACAUCAUACCUCAAGGUAUCUUGGAAUCAUCCAUCAAGAUCACAAACGAACCACCCACAGGGAUGCAAGCGAACUUGCACAAAGCCUUAGAAAAUUUCACUCAAGAGACACUGGAGAUGUGCAGUAAAGAAGCCGAAUUCAAGGCGAUUCUAUUUUCUUUGUGUUACUUUCACGCGGUGGUCGCUGAACGCAGGAAAUUCGGUCCACAGGGCUGGAAUAAAAUCUACCCCUUUAACGUGGGGGACCUACAUAUCAGCGUGAGCGUGUUGUACAAUUAUUUAGAAGCCACGUCCAAGGUACCCUGGGAGGACUUGAGGUAUCUAUUUGGAGAAAUUAUGUAUGGAGGACACAUCACUGACGACUGGGAUAGGAGACUCUGUGUCUCCUAUCUGGAGGAGUUAAUGCAACCUGAUUUGGUCGAUGGAGAGCUGCAACUAGCGCCAGGAUUCCCAGCACCGCCUAACACAGACCUAGCCGGCUACCAUUCGUACAUCGACGAAGCGAUGCCCCCAGAGUCGCCCUAUUUGUACGGUUUGCACCCGAACGCUGAAAUAGGUUUUCUGACAAUGACCGCGGAGAACCUAUUCAAAACGGUGUUCGAGAUGCAGCCCCGAGACGCGGGUAGUUCCGGCGGGCAAACAGUAACGAGGGAAGACAAGGUGAAACAAACACUUGACGAAAUAAUGGAGAAACUUCCGGAGGAGUUCAAUAUGUCCGAAAUAAUGGGCAAAGUGGAGGAAAGAACACCGUAUGUGAUAGUGGCGUUUCAGGAGUGCGAACGAAUGAACCACUUGACCAGCGAAAUGAAACGAUCGCUUCGCGAACUGGAUUUAGGUCUGAAGGGUGAACUGACCAUCACCUCGGAUAUGGAGGACUUGGAGAACGCGUUAUUUCUCGACCAAGUACCGCCGGUCUGGGCGAAAAGAGCUUAUCCCUCUUUAUUGGGUCUCGCCGCUUGGUUCGUCGAUCUCCUCUUGCGAAUCAGAGAGCUGGAAACCUGGUCAACGGACUUUGUUUUGCCACCUUCGGUAUGGCUGGCUGGAUUCUUCAAUCCGCAGUCUUUGCUGACGGCGAUCAUGCAAUCGACAGCCAGAAGACAAGAGUUGCCUUUGGACAAAAUGUGCUUGCAAUGCGACGUGACGAAGAAGAACAAAGAGGAAUUCACCGCAGCACCGAGGGACGGAGCGUACAUUCAUGGGAUCUUCAUGGAAGGAGCGCGAUGGGACGUGCAGACAGGCAUCAUAGUCGACUCGAAACCCAAGGAAUUAUUCCCUCCGAUGCCUGUGAUCAACGUACGUGCGAUCACCCAGGACAAACAGGAUCUCAGGAACAUGUACGAGUGUCCUGUAUACAAGACGAGAACUCGAGGACCCACUUAUGUGUGGACGUUCAAUUUGAAGACCAAAGACAAACCGGCAAAAUGGACCCUGGCUGGCGUAGCCUUGUUACUUCAAACUUAACUCUGUUAUUUAUCAUCAUUUUAGAAAAUUCAUGUUUUAAUAAAGAUGUCGAUG